AGGGUGACAAAAAAUUACGAAGACCAACCUGGCAACGCGGCGAUCGAGCCACCCCGUCAACCCUCAUCAACGGAGCUUCACCCCCACCAAGGCGCUCCACCCCCUUACAUUGACUUGAACCUGUGCUCGUGAACGGUACACAUCUCAGUCCUCUUUUAAUGCUCGGAUCAUUUAAGUGCCCCGGAAACAGUGUGCUUUCCGCCGAAAUUCCGUCGAUUUUCGGGAUCGCACCUUCGGAAGUUCCAUACCGCGAGUGUCGACUGCGAUAAGACAGCGAAAAGUGUAAAUAAAGUGUUAUUGAUUGGCGCAGCGCCUGCCUGGUCACUGGUAUCCUUUGCAAUGCUGGUUUCGCUCGAGUUCCAUUGAUCGCAAUUUUUCUCAGUCGUUCCCACUCAAAAGCCUUAAGGAAACUCCGAAUAGUUGUUUAAUUUAUAAAAAUCAGCACUGUAUGGACUGGAGAAUCGAGCCAGGAACAUCAAACAAAAAUGGCUCAGGUCGGUAUGGACUACUACGAAGACAUGUUCAAAGAGAUAACGAAAAAGUUUUAUGGUGAGGACGACCUGGAAUCCACCGAGACGUUUCGUAUGAUGCAGAAUUUUGAUGGGAUCGAAGCGUUUAGUUUAGCUGCUCUAAUGCAGGGUAGCCUUCCUUCCACAAGUCUGAUUACAACUCCAGGCCUCCUUGAAGCCUCAAUUGAGGCGGAGGAGAACAAAUGGGUUCUUAGUGAUGAGGUGCUGCCUUGGACCACCUCUAAAAUUGCCAGUUACAACGCUGCCCAAAAACUGUUUCGGUGCAAUGAAUGCGAAAGUAUCAGCUUUUUGUCACGCAUUGCCGAGCACUGGCUUGGAACACACGCCAACUUACGGGUAUUUCAAUGCCUGCAGUGCCCCUAUGCCAGCGCUUGGGCGCGCUGUGUACGCAUGCAUCUUGCGCGACAACAUAAUGUCUGUAUAGAGCAGAAUACAGAUUCAUCGCAGACCCUUUGGAAAGAGAAUCCAGUUUUGGAGGAGGUGACCAAGUAUUUGCAAAGACUAAAACAAAAAGUGGAAGGCGAUGGACCCACAAUUCACGCCACUGCUGUUGAGGCGCAACCUGUCAAGACAGAGGUCCAGGCUCCGGUGCUAAAAAUUCAGAAUUCCCACCCAUCAGAUCAGUCCAUUCAAACUGUCCAGCUGGUACAAGCAGUGCAGGUUCCACAUACACAGCUUAUAAAACAAGACUCUGUUCAAACAAUGGUUGCACCGGUCAAACAAGAGGUGAAUCAAAUGGUUACAUCACAGUCGAAAAUGCAGAAUCAUGAAGUUUCAAUCGGAACGACCCCUCAAAAACGGUACAAUUGCACGUUUUGUCCAUAUGCAACAGACAGAAGAGACUUGUACACUCGGCAUGAAAAUAUCCAUAAAGAAGAGAAACCAUUCCAGUGUUACAUUUGUACAAAGCAAUUUAACAGGGCAGACCAUGUCAAGAAACAUUUUUUGCGUAUGCAUAGAGAGCAUCCUUAUGAUAUAAACAGGAUUCGGCGAGAGGUGUCAAAAUCAAGUGGCUCGCAAACCCAGUAUUUUCCCAAACCUGAGGCGACUCAAAUAAGUUUGCAAAUCCCCAUCUCUCAGCUGUCACAGCUUCAUACCGUCACAGACAUUCAACAUGUUUUGAAUAAUGGCCUUGCAAUACCCACUUCCAUUGGUUUAGAAAAGACGAAGCUUCAAGUUCAGCGACCGAAACGACCCGGUGAAAAACGCUACACAUGCUGUUACUGCUCAUGGUCUGGUGUGGACAAUUGGUGUUUGAAACGCCACCUCAACACUCACACGAAGCCUUUCAGUUGCGGUCUCUGUGAGUACAAAGCAGCUCGUGCCGAGCGUCUGGCAACCCAUGUUCAUAAAGUCCAUAACAAACGAGCUUGUGGGCGAUGUAGUUUCCUGGCUGAUGAUCAAGCACAGUUGAUGGUCCAUCAGCAACAGCAACAUCACCCCAUAACUGAAAGAUAUCACUUCUGGAAGAAUUUGAACCUCAACCCCUCUCUUGACGAUUGCCCAACAGAAGAUUCUAGUUCAGGCUGUCAGAAAGUAUUAACUCGUAAUGGUCCACCUGACUUGAUCCCAAUACUUCAUCACCCAAAAUCAUCAACAAACGGCCAUGACAUGUUCGAUGGUUUCAGCAAUUUUGACCAUUUCUCAAAUAGCGGAAGUUCUAAUGAAGUUACUCUGAAGUGCAACCAUUGCAGCUUUUCUACAGCUACAGUCUCAGAAAUCGCCUCUCAUAAUUGUGCUUUUAAGAAUCAUUACUCACAAAGCAACAGUACGUCUCCGGAAUCUUUCAGUAGAGAGGAUUUUAUGCCUGUUCAAACCAUUCUAGAGGAGGUAUCUGAUUCUAAUCAAUCUGAAGUAAAUUCAGUCGGUGCCUUCAAUUUUAAACUAAAGAAAAGAAAACCUACCCAUAAAAUUGAAGGUUUCAUGAGUGAUCAGACUGGAGAUAAAAAUAAUAACAAAGUUUAUCGAACCUUAGCGAGACAACUGAAAAAAAAACUCGAAUCCAAGCCAGGUGAAUAUCCUGAACGCUCAAAAAUUGUUAGAUUAUCUUCCAUACUGUGCAAAAAAAUUGACAGAUCCUGUCCUCAACAAAAGUUUAGGGUAAUGAUAAGUGGUAAAAAAUUCUGCAUUAAUUUUAAAGCUCAUCUUAGUGGUAAAUUAAGAUGCCCUGAUUGUCAAAGAGUGAAUAAAUACUGUCGAGUAUAUCAAAACCCUGCUCGCCUUUUACUACACGGUUUUGUAGCUCAUGAAAAAUACUUAAGAGUAUUAUAAUUUCGACAGAAUUUUAUACUUGAAAAAUUAUUGCAACUCUAACUGACUACGCAUGCAUUUUUCAAGAGACGCAAGGGUUGCAAAACUCUUGAGAAUUUUUAAUUAUUAUUCCUCCUCUCUCCUUCCUUUCCAAGCAUAUCUAGUUACGAUCUGAAAGCUGAAUUCAAAAGAGUAUUUACUUAUAGAAAAACCUCAGUCUUGUAGAAUAAAUGCUUGGCUUCCACUGAGGAUGUCAUUUUCAUUGGAGUAUUGAGUUUUGUUACUUAAAUUGUGAAUUUGAUGCGGGUAUUUUGGAUGGUAUCUCAUGAACAAAACUUGAGCUUUUUAUACAUUACAUAAUGUGAGUGGCCCUCUGAAACCCCCCUCCCCUUAUCCUUUGAUAUUAUGCAAAUUCUCAUACCUGUUUGUCGAGAAACAAACCUUCAGUUAGAGAAUGUGUGUCCUAAAAUUUUGACCUGUUUUAAUUUACAGCCAUCUUACCUCACCUUGUUCAACGACAUCAUGUAUGUAGGCCCUAAAUUUAUCAUCACUGAUUGUAUAUUGCUCAAGGCUUGUUUUUGAGUUUGCCACCAAUGGUUCAUUGUCCAUUUUAAUUUAAGCCUCCACAGUGGGAAAAUAAUGAUGUUAUUUUGAAUAAUUGUUUGUAAUUUUGUUCGGUUGAACGUAUUUUCGUUUUUUAAAAAAAAAUUCCUUUUUUUGUUACUGUUUGUUUCGCUUUUAUUUUGUUCAAAUUUUUGUAUUCUAGAGCUGAUUAAUGUUUUCUUUUUUAUAUCGCUUACUUGGAUAAAUACGUGAAUAAAAAGUAUUGUCAAAUGUAA